AUGUUAAGAAUCCUAUGUUAUGGUGCUCGGGAAAAUGCGCUCAAGUGUCUAGUUGGUGGUAGCGACCUGUCGGUUCGAGAGGUCAACACUGCUAAUGGUCAGGAGUGCAUGAGAAACGCAUUAGGACCGCCAAUGAAGAAAGAUGCGGGGCUUCAAACACACAUUGGUCAUCUGGGACUUGGCUCGGUUCUCGAACAGGUGGGGCUCAAGGGCAAUGAAUUGGGGCGGCCUGCAACCGCGGACAGCGCUUCCUGGCGACGUCGCCGAACAUAUGAAGCGAUUUCAACACUAUGCACGAUCAUGAGUUACUUUUGCGAUACUAAGGACUCAAUGUUCGGAAUACACGAAAUCACUACCAAAGGUGAACUGUACUUGAAUAAACGGCCCUCGGAAUGGUACGGUCCUACGAGUUGUGCGCAACUCUUUAAUAUACUCAUCAAUGAAAAAAGUUUGAUAUUUGAUACUCCCAUUUAUUCACUACACUUUGAAGACGCCUGCAUCGUCAACGAGAGGGUUUAUCAGGUGCUCGAACCAGCUCCUCAACGUGCGGGUCCUGGUGUGCUGAUUAUUUAUGUGUCCUUGAAGCUAGGCUUAUCCGAAAUAGACUUGGUGAGGUAUAAGGACUUUCUAAUGUCUCUCUUUCGAAUGGAUAGUUUUUGUGGACUCUGUGGAGGCAACUCCACUACCUCUGCGUAUUAUUUCAUUGCCUGUAAUGAACGAUACCUGUAUUAUAUUGAUCCACACACACGUGUGCAAUCGGCGCUCUAUAACAUUCAGCCUUACGAUACUUCUACAAUUCAAAUAAAUGACCAGCUAGUGGACAUUAACAACCUCCAGGGCUCCAUCCUGCCGGACUGUCCACGACAACUCCCCUGGGAACAACUAAAUCCGUCCAUGACCGCAAUAUUGCUUUGCCACGUAACUCCCACUAUCCCGGACAUCAUCCUCCACUUUUCCCCAAAGCCUCCCCCCCUCCCCCCCAUCAUCACUUGGCUGCAUCCUCACUUGGCUACAUCGAUUAAAGCCUAUUAA